AUGGACUGUAGCUGUGUCUCGGACCUUCUCUUCGCCCCGCCUGCAUUGCCGGCUCUCUGGACCCCUGGGUUUGCUUUCCCGGAUUGGGCCUACAAGCCUGAGUCGUCCCCCGGCUCGCGGCAGAUCCAGCUGUGGCACUUUAUUCUGGAGCUGCUGCAGAAGGAGGAGUACCAGGGUGUCAUCGCCUGGCAGGGGGACUACGGGGAGUUCGUCAUCAAGGACCCUGACGAGGUGGCUCGGCUCUGGGGCAUCCGCAAGUGCAAGCCCCACAUGAAUUACGACAAGCUGAGCCGGGCCCUGCGCUAUUACUACAACAAGCGGAUUCUCCAUAAGACCAAGGGCAAACGGUUCACCUACAAGUUCAACUUCAGCAAAGUCGUGCUUGUCAACUACCCGCUGCUGGACGUGGCAGCAGCUGCCACUGGCUCCCCACUUUUGCUGACCCCUGGUCCCUUUGGGGGCACCCCUGGACCCGAUGCUCCUCCCCUCACCCCCGAGACCCUGCAGACCCUGUUCUCUGCCCCCCGGCUGGGAGAGCCAGGAGCCCGGACGCCCCUGUUUACCCCCGAGACGGACAAACUGCGGCUGGACAGCCCCUUCCCAUUCCUGGGCUCUGGUGCCACUGGCUAUUCCAAGCCCCCAGGCCUGCUGGGUCCUUAUGGCCGCGCCUUCCCAGAGUACCCGUGGAACUUUAACCCAUACCUUACCGGCCCCUUCCCCAAGCUUCCCCCUUCUCUCUACCCCCCACACUUCUACCCCAACCCUCUGGCCAGUUCACUGGGCCACCUGCCCUCAGCAGGGGCAGGGGGAGGUCCCACCGCUGCACCCCUGCUGACCGCGGCAGGGGAGGGUCCUGGCCCUGAGCGCCCCUCAGGCCUGGCAGUGGCCCCCCGCCUGGCACUGCCAGGGGCUGGGGGUCCGGAGGCCACGCUGGGCGGGAAGGACAGCGACUCGGAGCUGGAGAUCACUGACGUCAGUGGCUGCAGCUCGGACAGCGAGGGUGAUGAGGGCCUCCCCGUAGCCCCCAAGGCCAAGGCCGGCAAAGGGAGUCCCGGCAGCUGA